GAUAUUAGCAACUAGCACCAAAUCAUCGAUACGCAGGCGCAUGUCGAAUACAGAAUAAAUAAAUAAUAUUAAUAAAUCUAAUCUAUGUAAUGUCUCGUCGCCGCAUUAAACAAAAGUUGUUACUUUACUUUCGUUGUUGAACGCCCAUCGUAACUCAGAAUAUGGUCCAAUAUUUAAAUUCGAACGCGGACGACUGAAAAUGUGUGUGUAUACGAAUGCAUGUAUGUGUAUGUGUAUGGUUCGUUAAACGAAGUCCUGAAAUGUAGCAGUAAAUCGAAUGUGUAUAGAACUACUUAACUGAAAUAAAACGACUCGAGUGUUAUACUGAUGUAAAGCAAAUUCCCAUCAAAAACAGCCAAAACACAUCGAAAAUCAGCAAUAGCGUCCUCCCAAUUCUACAGCAUACAUACAAUUAAUAAGUGUGUGUGUGUGUGAGUGCUUCUGCAUCAGAAAUGCAGGUAUCGGUAUCAAUGCAACGCGCACACAAAAGUAAACGCUAGCAUAUGUACAUACAUACAUACAUAUGUAUAUAUACGUGUGUAUACGCAUGGGAGUAUGUCCUGGGACUGGAACUCACUGACGUUCUUCAAAUGAAACGCAAAGAUUAAAAGUUGAAAAAUUUCUCGCCCCCAAUAGCCUGCCAUGGAACUUGAAUGACUUGUGAUUAUUUCUUAUAUGUAAGAAAUCGAAAUAAGAACUGAGAAAAACCUCGAAGAUUCAAAAUGCCAUCAACGUACUUUAGUGUCCAUAAACGAGAACGUAAAAAUGAUUGCACCGGCACCCGUAACACAAUAUCUUCCAUGAGUAAAUUGGCUUCCUUACAAAUUCAAUUUCACAAAAUUAAUACAUUAGUACCGUCUACACUCGUUCCGAUACCGAAACCAAUGCACAAUGGAUCUCGAUAUAUUGCAAGAUUGUCGUUAUUAUGCAUAAGUUGGCUUAUUGCAAUUCAAUGCAAUUUAAGAUUUACAUACGCAGAUCAGGUUGUUCUGUUAGACACGACCAGAGAAGCUACUCUGGAAUGGACACGAUAUCCGUAUGGUCCACAGGCCCAAACUCCCGGCUGGGUAGAAGAAUCAUUUACAGACUUUGUUAAAGGCAUUAACUGGAGGAGCUAUGUUGUGUGUGAUGUUGCAUAUCACAAUGUCAACAACUGGCUGUGGUCUCCGUUUAUUGAUCGAGGACCGGCCAAUCGGCUUUAUAUUGAAAUACAAUUCACAAUACGAGACUGUUCCCUAUUUCCAGGAAAUGCUUUGUCUUGCAAAGAAACAUUUAGUUUACUCUUUUACGAGUUUGAUGCUGCAACUCGCGAGCCUCCGCCGUGGCAAACUGAUAGCUACAGGCUUAUUGCUCGUAUCGCUGCUGGAGAGGGCCGAUUCAAUCAGAACUCCGAUGUUGAUAUCAAUACAGAAGUGAAGAGCAUAGCCGUAAAUAAAAAGGGCGUUUAUUUUGCUUUUAGAGAUCAAGGUGCGUGCAUAAGCGUCCUUGCAGUGAAGGUCUAUUACAUUACCUGUCCGGCUGUCACUGAAAACUUUGCUCACUUCAACGAAACGCCUACGGGUAAAGAGAUAACUAUUAUCGAAAAGCAGAAUGGAACGUGUGUAGAAAACGCUGAGCCUUAUGAACCACCCACAUACCUUUGCAAGGGUGAUGGAAAAUGGACUAUUCUUACAGGCGGCUGCCGUUGCAAGGUCGGGUACGAACCAAACGAUGUAAAUAAAACAUGUACAGAAUGUCCCGUUGGCACAUUUAAAUCGCCUGAGGUUCGAAAAUGUACGCCGUGCCCGCCCAACUCCAAUUCAUCAAAAACUGGGUCGCCCUUUUGUAAGUGCUUGCCAGGAUACUAUAGACAUCCUCGGGACGGGCGUCACAUGCCUUGCUAUAGUCCGCCAGCUGCACCUACAAACCUUACUUUGCUGUUUGUGGACCAAACAAGCGCAAUAAUAUCAUGGAGUGCUCCAGCCAGGAAUGAAUCGCAGCUAGUCGAAGGCCAGCUUCAUAGCUACCGUAGCGAUAUUGUCUACAAGAUACGCUGCAGCAUGUGCAGCGCAAAUGUAAUGUUUAACCCGUCAACAGAUACAUUUAACGAAACAAAAAUCACUCUUACUAAUCUCGAUCCUGUGACGACAUAUACGGUGCAGAUUCACGCCACUAAUGGCAUAUCAUACCUUAUUGACUCCAGUCUACAUUCGAACGAAACCACAGCCAACAAUGAAAUUUCCUUUGCAAACGCAUCUACUGCAAGCAAUCCGCUUGAUUUAAACGAAAUAAAGACAGAGCACGCGGAAAUAAUUUUUACAACUGAAUCUGCUCUACUUUCAACCGUGUUCAAUUUAAGAAUCUUAGCUAUAACUAGUAAAGAUGCCGAUCUUGAGUGGGACAAGCCUCUGCAAAACGAUGCUCCUUUGGAGUUUUAUGAAGUGCGGUGGUUUCCCAAGCAUGAAUUAGAUUCCAUUAAUAAAACAGCCUUAAAUACAAAGGACACAAAGGCACACAUCGAAGGACUGAUGGAAAGUACAGAUUAUGGCUUUCAAGUUCGCUGUAAAACCAUCAAUGGCUUCGGUUCUUAUAGUAAUAUGAUCUAUGCCCAAACGCUUCAGUCCGUGAGCUCUGUUUAUGACGAUUCUGUCCAAAUACGAUUCAUAGCUGGUGCAAUUGUGACGGGCGUGCUUUUUCUGGUUAUUUUUAUUGUUGCCACCGUCUACUUUAUGCGAUCUAAGCAUCAAGAUGAACUCGAUAAGAAGUCUACAAAUCAUUUGCCUUUACCAAUGGACUACGCCAGCAAUGAAGGACUGGUUGUGACAUAUAUUAAUUCUAUGGAUACAACUCCAAUUGUCAAGACUCUUCAUUCAAACGUGACAACGCCACUGUUUGGCAACAGUCGGAGCUACGUCGAUCCUCAUACAUAUGAGGAUCCUAAUCAGGCGAUACGGGAGUUUGCACGCGAAAUUGAUGCCAAUUACAUAACUAUAGAGGCAAUUAUUGGAGGUGGAGAAUUCGGUGAUGUAUGCCGUGGUCGUUUGAAGAUACCUCCCAACUUUGUGCAGGACAUUGAUGUGGCAAUAAAGACUUUAAAACCAGGAUCUUCGGAAAAGGCGCGUUGUGAUUUUUUGACGGAAGCUUCAAUAAUGGGCCAGUUUGAUCAUCCGAAUGUAAUCUAUCUACAAGGAGUAGUAACUCGCUCCAAUCCGGUUAUGAUAAUAACUGAGUACAUGGAAAACGGCAGCUUGGAUACAUUCUUGCGAGUGAAUGACGGCAAAUUCCAAACGCUCCAGCUUAUUGUAAUGCUCCGUGGCAUAGCCAGUGGAAUGUCCUAUCUUAGUGACAUGAAUUAUGUACACAGAGACUUGGCGGCCCGUAAUGUUCUCGUUAAUGCCCAAUUGAUUUGCAAAAUUGCGGACUUUGGUUUAUCACGAGAAAUUGAAAAUGCAAGUGAUGCGUACACAACACGGGGCGGUAAAAUCCCAGUACGUUGGACUGCUCCAGAAGCAAUUGCAUUUAGAAAAUUCACAUCCGCAUCGGAUGUUUGGUCUUACGGCGUAGUUUUAUGGGAGGUCAUGUCUUAUGGUGAACGUCCAUACUGGAACUGGUCAAAUCAGGAUGUAAUUAAGAGCAUUGAAAAGGGCUAUCGCCUACCAGCUCCAAUGGACUGUCCAGAAGCACUUUAUCAGUUGAUGUUGGAUUGCUGGCAAAAACAGCGAACACAUCGUCCCACAUUUGCCAGCAUCGUUUCGACGCUUGACAACUUAGCGAGACAACCGCAGUCAUUGCUUACAACUCGCAACUCACCGGAAACAGACGGGGCUCAUAUUUUGGAUACACAACGCGGACAGAACAUAUUCAUAAGCACAGACUUAUGGUUGGAGAAUAUUAAAAUGUCAAGAUACUGUCAGCAUUUUAAAGAGGCUAAUUUAGUGAACGCUCAACAGAUCUCUAGGUUAACAGCUCAACAGCUGUCGGAUAUGGGGAUAACUCUAGUAGGACAUCAGAAGAAGAUAUUACACCAAGCCCGACAACUGGACACAAUAAUCUAAUUGAUUUAUUUUUAUUUAGUAGUGUAAUCCAUUAAGAUGUACAUAUAUAUAUUUUACAAAAGCAUACAUAUACAUACAUACAUAUAUACAAGCAAACGACACGUGUGAGAUACAAAACAUGAAAAACCCAUACGUAAUUUAAGAAAAAAUCGUAAUUUCUCAGAACGAAAGUUGAAAACAACUCUUCGUUAAGAAUAUAUAUUAUAUAUAUAGUUAAAACGAUUUUUUUACAUUUAGCUUGCGUCAUUUUUUACAUUAUGCAUGUCAAGUCCAUUAACAACAGAAAAGCAUCAUCAACCCUAAUGCUACUAGUAUACCCUUACUAGUUGGCUGCUAUUUUUUCACAGAAUGCGUUGUGUUUUAAACAGCAAGACUUAAGAAACUGAUGAAAUUUGUAUAAGUUAACGAAUCGAAUAAUAGUAAGUCAAGUACAGAAUUUACAUACCUUGAAUGCCGCUGCACAGGGGUCAAUAUAUGUUCGUAGCUGUGGCAAUUAUAAUUUUAAUAACUUCGAUCUGUUUAUGCAUUUCUUAUGUGCAUUUUGGCAUUGUCUCUUGAAGGUGUCGCUUAUCUGUUAGUACUUCCGGCAUAUACAUCUUUAGUUAUGUAUAUAACAAUCAAUUCCCGAAUGCUAGACGAUGUUAAGAACUAUUAAUGAGGCUGAAUUAAAUUAAUUUCAACACAUACCAUACAGAAGCACAACACAUCUAAAUGAUGUAUACAUUUUUAUAACAGAAAGCUAUUGAUUUUGUAUGGUUAUUCGGUAUUGAUAUUUGGCUUUCUAUACAUACAUACUUACAUAAACACCUACCUUUAUUAGAGUAGAAAACAAAUUACGUUAAUUACAUAUUGUAGAUUUAUUAAAACUGUAUACUUUUCGCA